AUGUCGGGCGCCCGACCGCCCUUGACGCGUCAUCGACGAGAAGCUGAUGGUAUUGCUGGGGCGCCGCUUGCGUGGGCGCAGGACGUCGUGUUCGCCGCGGAGGGCCUGAGCGCAUCCCAGGACGGUCCCGCGUGGUCGCUGUAUUGCGUGGCCGACGGGCACAUGGGCCUCGCGGCCGCGAACUACGUGGAGGCCAACCUCUGGCGCGUGCUGGCGCCGAUGCUGCCCAAGGCCAGGAUGCCGGACUGCGACAGCGAAG